AUGUUAUCCUGAGGUUAUUAUUUACCAGAGAGAUGAACAAGAGGGAUGGGUGUCUGCCAAUCUGCACACCCAUAAUAGAAGCCUAGUUCCUGCAAAAUUAUUGCACAAAUAUGUGUAAUAUUGUUGUGUGUAAAUGGAGGUACAUAAAAUAUAGUAAGCGGGACAAAAUUGAACAUGGUAAGGUCAAAUUAUAUCAUAUGAGGUUUCACUUUUAUGUGAUUGAUAUCCACAUAUGUAACUUGAAGUAAUAAAUAGUAGUUCAUGGUUAAAAUAAUGUCAAUUUAUUACUGAUCAAAUAUAAAACUCACAUACAAAUGAUUAUAUGAGCCUCUUGGACUUCCCAAGAGAUAUUAGUGGACAUGGACACUGAAUAACUAAAAUAGAGCUAAUGUGUCAAUGUUUUAGAAAUAAAAUAGAACAGGCUAGCAUGACCACCAAGGGCCUGUGAUGUACAAGUAGAAAGAUUGAGGUGAUAUGUAUUGUUAACAAGAUCAUGUCACUCAUGUCAUUGAUUUAUUAUACUGUUUUGCUAGAAUGUGGCAUACGGAUAUAAAAGAGUGUGUGAGUUGACUUAUCCUCACUUUUGUCAUCUUUGAGUCAGGUACCAACUGUUAAUGUUGACAGUGCUAUAUCAGGCAGUAAUAUGAAUGAAUAAAAUAGACAGGGAACAUGAUUAUGUUAUGAUUUUUGCAGAACAUCUAAACCUUAAUUGUUGGUCAUAUGAUGUUGUGAUGGAAAAUUAAUAUUUCCUUUUAGUAUGAGAGCAAAGUCUUGAUUAGUGAUGAAAAUUAUUGGGUUAUCUAUAAUCACAUUGCCCCAGGGUAGAUGAUACAUCUAAGUUCAGCUUCAAGCGUUCAUGAGAGAAUCAAGUUAAUGAGUGAAGGAAAAUAAUGUUACUUAUUUAAUUUUGACAAAUUAUAUUUGUAUCUAAUUUAUGUGAAAUGUUAUAUGUUGUUAGAAUUCAAAAUAGCUUCACAUUGCUCCAGCUGCAUGAUGGGAGUUGUCACCAAACUGUAUGGUGCAAGGAAUUAUUGGCAGUGAAGUAAAUAUUUGAUGAGAAGCAACUGAAGGUAAAAUGUUAAUGGUUGCCAAGUUUGAUGAUACAGCAUCAAAGACUGACACAAGUUGAGAAUUUUUAACUAAAGUUCUUUGUUUGAAUAAUUUGAAGUAUAAAAUUGUCAAUGUCAUGGGACAAGUGCAACGAAUGUACUACUAACUGGUAAAAAGAUAAAUACACAAUAAAAUAUUGAUGUAUCAAUUUGCAUAGAACAAUUACAUGUCUUGAAAUGGAAGUGAUUUUAAUAGAACAAUUGAUAUCUUGGUAUAACUAAACCAUGUUGGAAUACCUAGAGUCAACACUGUGAGCAUGUACAUGUUUAAAAAAAAGAUAUCAAUAUUCUUGAUAGAGUAUCUGAAUUGGAGUACCUAUCUCAUGGUCGUUCAUCGGGUUGCAUAGGUAUCAAUCUGUUCGAAGCUGUCAUCAUUAUUACCCCUAUAAAAUGCUUCAUAGAUGAGCACAGGUCUCUCUCCUCGAAAUUCAUAUAUAUAAUUAAUUCUAAAGAGACAGAUAAAUUACAUUUGUAAAAAAAAAAUAGUAAGGGUUGAACCUUACCUAAAUUCGUGCGACUAAUCUAAACAUAGAAUGUUAUGGCGAACACAGUUAUUGCCUAAGAAUUGUGGUUACAGAAUAUACUGGCAGGAGUCUGCUCGCCUACGAGGCGGUGCCAGUCUGCUCGCCUAUGCGGCGGUGCGAGUCUGCUCGCCUACGAGGCGGUGCAAGUCUGCUCGCCUAUGCGGCGGUGCGAGUCUGCUCGCCUACGAGGCGGUGCCAGUCUGCUCGCCUAUGCGGCGAUGCGAGUCUGCACGCCUGCGAGGCGGUGCAAGUCUGCUCGCCUAUGCGGCGGUGCGAGUCUGCACGCCUGCGAGGCGGUGCAAGUCUGCUCGCCUACGAGGCGGUGCAAGUCUGCUCGCCUACGAGGCGGUGCAAGUCUGCUCGCCUACGAGGCGGUGUGAGUCUGCUCGCCUGCGAGGCAGUAAGCUAUCGGAUAUGCUGAGCUCCAAUCGGCUGCGACACAAGUCUGAUGGAACGACUUGGAAGGCGCAGAAGGUGCAGGAGUUCUGUGGUGCUGCUGCUGGUCUUCGUGGGCGAAGAAUUCUCAUCAGGGAGGCCGAGCUAAUAACCGAUUGUGGUGCUUGCUAUGUCAAGCCCUACGGUCGGUGUCGCGUCACUAGUUGGCGCGGGUGGAGCUGUCAGAGGAUCGUCCGCCAUUACCGCGUCGUGCUGUGAAUUGUACCAAGCUACGCUCUGUUUUCUAAGUGUUAUGUAUUAAAACCUGUAUUUGAUGAUGUCUGGUGUUUUCCCCUU